GAGCGUAGUAUUCGCCUUAAACAAGCAAAGCUACAUUCAGUAGAGUAUUUAUUUCAUUUCUAUAUAAACCAGCUUCACUCUUACGUUCCUCGACACGCUAUAGAGUGUAGGCACCUAAAAGAGUAAGGAAGAGCAGAUAAAAUGGCUUCAAUGAAAGUCUUUUUCUUUGCGAUUUUGUCCCUUCGUUUGGCUAUCGUCUUGGCCUCCGACCCUGAUCCCCUUCAAGACUUUUGUGUACCCAACCCGAGAUCUGCUGGUUUUAUCAGAUCAACUGUUCAUGGUAUGAUAACUAUUCCGCCUUGCAAAAACUCCUCCGAGGCCACCACCGAUGACUUUGUCUUCUGCGGCAUGAAAGCUGCCGGCAACUUCUCGGACACUGGCCUAGCAGUGGUCUCCGCGAGUCCUACUAACUUCCCUGGGCUCAACACUCUGGGAAUGUCCUUUGUAAGGGCAGACAUUGAAGUGGGAGGCAUUAAUCCGCCCCAUUUUCAUCCGAGAGCCACAGAGAUAGCUUAUGUAGUGGAAGGAAAAGUUUAUUCAGGUUUCGUAGAUUCCAGCAACAAAGUGUUUGAUAGAGUGUUGGAGCAAGGAGACGUCAUGGUGUUUCCCAGAGGUUUAGUGCACUUCCUGAUGAACGUUGGUGAUAAGCCUGCAACGUUAUUCGGAAGUUUCAAUAGUCAAAACCCUGGCUUGCAGAAGAUACCGUCUGCGGUAUUUGGUUCUGGGAUUGAUGAGAAGCUUUUACAGAAAGCUUUUGGAUUGACCCCCAAGCAGAUUGGAACUAUGAAAAGAAGAUUUGAUCCCAAAGGAGCAAGGUAGAGCACAAAUAGCAGGCAUGUUGUCUGUUACUCGAGAUAUAUGUUUUCAUGGCUUGUUUUGUCUGUCUGUUUCUUUUAGGUUCCCUUCUCUUGUGAGUCCAAUGUAGGUGACCAAUGGAGUGCUUCUUGGUUAUAUAUUAUCUCCACCUCUAUACUUUAUGAA